AUGGCUUCCGCUCUCUUCUUCCUCGACCUGAAGGGAAAGACCCUUUUGGCUCGGAACUACAGAGGAGAUAUUCCUAUGUCUGCGGUCGAGAAGUUCCCUAUUCUCUUGAGUGAAGCAGAGGAAGAGAGCUCAUCUGUUCCACCAUGUUUCUCAGAUGAGGGGAUCAACUACCUGUAUAUCAGACAUAACAAUCUCUACCUCCUUGCCCUCACGAAACGAAAUACCAACGCUGCCGAAAUCCUUCUAUUUCUCCACAAAGUUGUCGAAGUCUUUACCGAGUAUUUCAAAGAACUGGAGGAAGAAUCGAUACGGGACAACUUUGUUAUCAUCUACGAACUGCUUGAUGAGAUGAUGGACUUUGGGCAUCCGCAGACGACGGAAUCCAAGAUCUUACAAGAAUACAUCACACAGGAGUCGCACAAGCUGGAGGUCCAAGCACGCCCUCCAAUAGCAGUCACAAAUGCCGUCUCGUGGCGAUCAGAAGGAAUCAGAUACCGAAAGAACGAAGUCUUCCUCGACGUUGUCGAAUCUCUCAACCUUCUUGUGUCUUCAAAUGGCAAUGUCCUGCGCUCCGAGAUUCUAGGUGCGAUCAAGAUGAAGUGUUAUCUAUCUGGUAUGCCCGAAUUACGUCUAGGACUGAACGAUAAAGUUAUGUUCGAAACUACUGGUCGCGCGACUCGAGGGAAGGCUAUCGAAAUGGAGGAUGUCAAGUUCCAUCAGUGUGUACGAUUAUCACGAUUCGAAAACGACCGCACAAUCUCCUUCAUUCCUCCCGAUGGCGAAUUCGAGUUGAUGUCCUAUCGACUAAACACACAAGUCAAGCCUUUGAUCUGGGUCGAGUGUAUUGUGGAAUCACAUUCCGGGAGCAGGAUCGAAUACAUGCUGAAGGCAAAGGCACAGUUCAAGCGGAGAAGCACGGCAAACAAUGUCGAAAUUACUGUUCCUGUACCAGAAGAUGCGGACUCUCCAAGGUUCAGAACCAAUAUCGGAAGUGUUCACUAUGCGCCAGAAAAGUCUGCCAUUGUCUGGAAGAUCAAGCAAUUUGGAGGUAGCAAGGAGUUCUUGAUGAGAGCUGAGUUAGGACUACCCAGUGUAAAGGGCGAUGAUGAGCAUGGUGGUGGUAUGACAGGUGGCUUCGGAGGUAGUAUGGGCGGCGUGGGUGGAAAGGGGGCGAAGAGACCCAUCAGUGUGAAGUUUGAGAUUCCAUACUUCACGACUAGCGGUAUCCAGGUUCGGUACCUGAAGAUUAUUGAGCCAAAGCUACAAUACCCAUCUUUACCAUGGGUUCGGUACAUUACUCAAUCCGGAGAUAUCGCUGUUCGAUUACCCGAUGUCAGUUGA